AUGUUUAUCUGGGCGACCGCGAAUCUGCGCUUCGGGGGUAUCUUUGACUACGCUGGCAAAUGUGAGCAGCUGGAAGAGGUUGAACGCGAGUUAGCCGCGCCUGCGGUCUGGGACGACCCUGACCGCGCCCAGAAACUGGGCCAGCAACGCGCUGCAUUGGAACAGGUGGUGAGUGGGCUGGGAGAUAUGCAGUCAAGCCUGGCGGACCUGGCUGAGCUCGCGGAGCUGGCCAAUGAAGAAUCCGAUAGCGAUGCGCUGGAUGAUAUCGCCACAGAGCUGGAAGGGGUGGAAGCUAAGCUUGCCGAACUGGAAUUCCAGCGUAUGUUCCAGGGCGAGAUGGAUACUGCCAACGCGUUUGUGGACAUUCAGUCUGGUUCCGGCGGUACAGAGGCUCAGGAUUGGGCGGAUAUGCUUUUGCGCAUGUAUCUGCGCUGGGCGGAAAAAAGAGGUUUCAAAGCUUCAGUGACCGAGUUGAGCCCUGGUGAAGUGGCUGGCAUUAAAAGCGCAACCGUGCAGAUCGAAGGACCUUAUGCGUUCGGCUGGCUGCGCACUGAAACCGGCGUGCAUCGGCUGGUACGCAAAUCGCCGUAUGAUUCCGGCAGCAGGCGUCACACUUCGUUCGCCUCUGUGUUUGUCUCCCCUGAAAUUGACGAUGAUAUCGAGAUUGAAAUUAAUCCCGCAGAUGUACGCACGGAUACCUAUCGCGCCAGCGGCGCGGGUGGACAACACGUGAACCGAACGGAUUCCGCUGUGCGUCUGACGCACUUGCCCACAAAUACCGUGGUGCAAUGCCAGAGCGAACGUUCGCAACAUCAGAAUAAAGACCGUGCGUAUAAACAGCUGCGUGCGAAACUGUAUGAGCUGGAAAUGUUUGCACGGCGUUCAGAACAGCAGGCUGUGGAAGAUGCCAAAGCUGAUAUUGGCUGGGGUAGUCAGAUCCGCAGUUAUGUACUGGAUCAGAGCCGGGUCAAAGACCUGCGCACCCACAUUGAACGCACCGAUCCCAACAAUGUGUUGGAUGGUGACCUGGAUGGUGGCGGUUAUCCGAACGAUUUUCGACGCUCAGACCUUGCCGCAACUCUCCACGCGACUUACGCCGAUGCAGACAAACCUCAGCUCGAGGAGGCGCGGUUCGCGGUGGCGGUUUGUGGUCGGUUGAUGCUGCGCCGGGUCAUGGGUAAAGCCAGUUUUGUCACGCUGCAGGACAGUAGCGGCCAGAUCCAGUGUUUCCUCAGGAAAAACGACAUGGGCGACGAGGCUUAUGAUCAAUUUAAGGAUCUCACAGAUAUCGGCGAUAUUGUGGGUGUGCGUGGUGUGCUGAUGCGCACUGACAAAGGUGAGUUGACCGUGCACGCGCAAAGUCUGGAGCUGUUGAACAAAACCCUGCGUCCGCUGCCGGAGAAGUUUCACGGUGUCACCGACCAGGAAAUCCGUUAUCGCCAGCGUUAUCUUGAUCUGAUCAUGAACGAUUCGUCGCGUGACGUGUUUAGAACCCGCUCCAGGGUGAUUGCGCGCAUGCGUGAGUUUUUCAACACGCGCGAUUUCCUGGAAGUGGAAACGCCGAUGAUGCACAGCAUUCCCGGUGGCGCAACGGCACGCCCUUUUGUCACACACCAUAACGCGCUCGAUCUCGAGCUGUAUUUGCGUGUUGCGCCAGAGCUGUUUCUCAAGCGACUGGUGGCGUAUGCGGAUUAUAAAGAUCUGAUGGCACUCACGGACGAGCUGCUGGCGGUACUGUGUGCGGAUGUAGUGGGCUCGCCGACAAUUUCUUACCAGGGUUUGGAGCUGGAUUUCAGCAAACCCUCUGCACAAAUGACGAUGGCGGAAUCUCUGGUCGCGCUGGGCGGUAUGAACGAAUCGUCAGUCGACGAUGAAGAUGCGCUGCGUGCGCGUUUGCAAACCCUCAAUCUGACCGCGGAUGCGAGUUGGGGCGUCGGCAAGCUGCAAUUGGAAGUGUUUGAGGCUCAGGUAGAAGAGCGCUUGGCACAGCCUACGUUCAUCACUCAGUAUCCCGCAGAGGUGUCGCCGCUGGCGCGCCGCAGUGAUCACAACGAUGCGGUCACAGACCGCUUUGAGCUGUUCAUUGGUGGGCGCGAGUACGCCAACGGCUUUUCGGAAUUAAAUGACCCUGUUGAUCAGGCUGAGCGCUUUGCCGCUCAAGCGGCUCUGAAAGGCACUGGUGACGAUGAAGCGAUGCACUUUGAUCAGGACUAUAUCGAUGCAUUGGAAGUGGGUCUGCCGCCCACUGCUGGAGAAGGCAUAGGCACACCUUUGCCGCCAUCUUUACGCAACAUUCUUAAAGAAAUACAGUCAGAUCUGGGCGUGCAGCAGGAGAUCAGGGCGGGUUCACAUCAGAACAAAGGUUGGGAGCAGUUUACCGAUGCGGUGGUCCGCGAGCUGUGUCAGGCCAACGCCUAUCUGUCCGCUCAUCAUCAGGAUCCGAUAGACUGGCUGGCAAUCGAGAGGGGAAGCUAUGGUGACAUCAUCAACGCAGACAAGUCGAUUUACGCCAUGGUGUUGACUGGCGAGGGUGACAAGUUUUUCUCUGCCGGUGCAGAUCUGAAACUGUUUGCUGAUGGCAGCAAAGAUACGGCACAAACGAUGGCUGAACAUUUUGGCCGCGCAUUUGAAACGUUGUCCAACUUUCGUGGCGUAACCAUUGCAGCGAUAAACGGAUUUGCCAUGGGCGGUGGUCUCGAGUGUGCGUUGGCUUGUGAUAUCCGUAUCGCGGAACAGCAGGCACAACUGGCCCUGCCGGAAGCUACCGUCGGCUUGUUACCCUGUGGCGGCGGCACCCAGAAUCUUGCCUGGAUGGUCGGAGAGGGCUGGGCAAAACGUAUGAUUUUAUGCGGCGAACGUAUUGAUGCGUCCACCGCAGAAAAAAUAGGCCUGGUGGAAGAGGUUGUAGACGCCGGUCAGGCAAAAGGUCGUGCGCUGGAGCUGGCUGAAUCGGUAGGACGUCAGAGCCCAAUUGCGGUUGCAGCCUGUAAAGACCUCAUCCAGCAGGCCCGCUCUGGCGACAUUGCGUCGGCUUACGCUGUCGAGCGUAACGCUUUUGUUGAUCUGUUUGAUAGCAACGACCAGCGUGAAGGGGUUAACGCCUUCCUGGAAAAACGCCCACCAGCCUGGACUAACAGCUGCGCGAAUUUGCUGUUGGCAGAAGCCACGUUAAACGUGGAAUCAACGCUGAACGCCCUCAAUCUUGAAAUGAUUCAACGGUUGACCCGCGCUCUCGACAGCUGGGCCAAUCGCCCCGAGGUGGUUGCAGUCUUGCUGACGGGUGCUGGCGACAAAGCCUUCUGUGCCGGUGGGGAUAUACAGGCCCUCUACCAUGCAAUUGUCAGCAAUCAUCAGCAAAAGGUCAUCAACAACCGCUACCCUUUCGACUUUUUUGCGCAGGAAUACGCGCUGGACUAUCAGUUGCAUACUUAUGCAAAACCGGUGAUCUGUUUAGGUCAUGGUGUGGUGAUGGGUGGUGGCAUGGGAUUGUUCAGCGCGGCAAAUUUUCGCGUGGUGACGGAACGUUCGAAACUGGCGCUGCCUGAAAUCACCAUAGGCCUGUUUCCCGAUGCCGGAGCAACCUGGAGCCUUAAUCAGAUGGCAACCCAUCAGGCGGUGUUUCUCGGCUUAACCGGCAGCCAUGUGAAUGCAACCGACGCGCUUGCGGUAGGUCUGGCUACCCAUGUUGUGUCACACGCACAACGAGAUACACUUUUAACCAGCCUCAAAGCUUUGUCGUACACAGCUAAUGCUGCAUCCAACACACAGCUGAUCGGCGAGGCUCUGGACAGCUUUCCCGGAGUUGAAAUGCCGGCGGGAGAAAUAGCGCAACUUCCUGUGUUUGAAACCAGCUUGUCAGAUCUGGCUAAACAGGUGCAGAUACUCGAUGGCCUGCAGGGGCGUUCGAAGUGGAUUGACCGGGGUUUGAAGAACCUGCACGGUGGCUGUCCAACGACGGCAGGCAUUGUACUGGAGCAGCUUCGCCGCAGUUCAAAUAUGUCGUUAGCUGACAUGUUUCGGAUGGAAUAUGAUAUCGCCAGUCAUUGUGCGACUAAUCUGGACUUUGCCGAGGGUGUGCGCGCGCUUCUAAUUGAGAAAGAUGGUUCACCUAACUGGCAGUAUCCGGACAUGGCGACGCUGCCCAGGGAACACGUCAUGUCGCAUUUUUCAACAUUUGAAACUCCCCAUCCGCUGGCUGGUAACAUGGGUGGUCCGAUGGCCGGUAAUCUGCUGGCAAAGGGCUACGCAGUACAGGCGUUUGAUCUUUCAGCUGCAGCCCUUGCCGCGGCAGGUGAUGUUGAGGCAUGCGAGUCAGCCGCGCAGGCGGCGGCCGAUGUCGAUGUGUUGAUCAGUAUGUUACCUGCAGGGCGUCAUGUCCGUGGGCUCUAUCUGGGGGAUGAACAACAAGCCGGAUUGUUGCAUACGCUGGCGGCUACAACGCUGGUGAUCGACUGUUCUACAAUUGACCCGGCCAGUGCCCAGGCCGUCGCCGCCGCAGCAGCAGCGCGGGGCGUUGCAAUGCUGGAUGCACCUGUUUCCGGUGGUACCGGUGGCGCGCAGAACGGUACGCUGACGUUUAUUGUUGGCGGUGAUGCUGAUGUUUUGGCCCGUGCAACCCCUGUGCUGGAGGCGAUGGGUUCAAACAUUUUUCACGCAGGCGCCGCGGGUGCAGGCCAGAUUGCCAAGAUAUGCAACAACAUGCUGCUGUCUAUCCUGAUGGCGGGCACGGCGGAAGCGUUGGCGCUGGGCGUAGAUCAGGGGCUUGAUCCAAAAGUGCUCUCGGACAUUAUGAAAGCGUCUUCCGGCGGUAACUGGGCUUUGAAUGUGUACAACCCUUACCCAGGUGUGAUGGAGAAUGUGCCGGCGUCACGGGACUACAGCGGAGGGUUUCUGGUAGACCUGAUGCGCAAAGAUCUGGGGCUGGCUCUGGAGACUGCCCAGGCGUCGGGCAGUGCCAUUCCGAUGGGUGCGCUGGCGCAGCCUCGCAACGCGUAUAAGGUCACUGUGGAGGUGAUCUUUCAGGCACCAGCCAACGCCUUUACGCACCAUAUCUUCCGGAUCGUGUUUAAGUGUCUCACAAAGUUGCAGCGCAUGAUCAAUGUAGGAUCACGGCUCCAGAGCCGGGUCAAUGCCAGCAUGUCCUCUGGAUACUCACCCAGCAAGGUUCAAAAGCGCAGCAAGUCCCAUGGUCGAGGAUAUCGGCGUUUGCGGGUCUGUGAGCUGGACAGCGAUUUGCACGGCCACCGCAACAGCGGCAGCCAGGAUCAGCAGAAAUGGCUUGUUCAACGAAAGAAAGCGCAGGUUACCAUCAACGGUAGGGUCGAAGCCGAUGCGUUGCAGGCUGGAGGCGCCAGACCAGUCGUGCUCGCGGAUGGAUUUGUCGUGGUCACGGUGGACCAGCCAGUUGGCGACACACACAAUGUCGACGUAAUCCACAGCGUCAGCCUGGUGAUCAAGGUCCUGGUAGUGCUCGGGUACAACAAUGAUGUCGUCGGCAAAAUUCCAGUGGCGCAGGAUCAUACCGCCAAUGGUGGGGUGAAUACUUUCAAUAACCCGAUCGAGGGUCAUGCUGUCGCGCACCAGGCUGUCGUUUUCCUCAACCCAGCUGAGGUGGGCGCUCCCGUACAGCAGCAGAGUAGGGCGAUGGCGCUGCCGCAGGUCUUUACCCACGAAGCCACCGGAGGCCAGUUUGAGUUGGGCUCCGACGACGCAAUCCUGCAGGCCAUUGACUUCACCAAGGUCCAUACGAUCACAGGGCCAAUAUAUGUUGAAGGGGCACGCCCGGGUGAUGUGCUUGCGGUGGAACUGUUGGAGCUUGAGGUUGCCGAUUGGGGUUGGAUGGCGUUGCUGCCGACAUUUGGUCAGUUAGUAGAUGAAAUAGCGACUACUUCGUUACGUACUUUUGAAAUUGAUCAAGUGAACCAGAGCGUUGAGUUUGCCGACGGUAUCGUUGUGCCGCUCAAGCCGUUUGCCGGAAUUAUGGGCGUUGCGCCCGCGGGCGCGGAGGCUUUAGACACAUUUCCGCCACGCGCAAACGGGGGCAACAUGGACAACCCCGCGCUGACGAAGGGUACAACAGUCUACUUUCCGGUCUUCGCUGAGGGAGCGCUUUUUUCUAUUGGCGAUACACAUGCAGUGCAGGGUUUCGGUGAAGUAUCUGGUACUGCACUAGAGGCACCAAUGCGUAUUGUCAUGCGCCUCAGUGUGGUACGUAAUGGGCACGAGAUGUUUGAGCCUCAAUAUGAAACUGAGGAGUAUUAUGCCACCACGGGUUUUGCGCCGACCCUGGAUGAGGCGGCCAGGAAAGCUACGCGGUACAUGAUUGAUUAUCUGAUGGCCGAGCGUGAUCUGAGCGAAGAAGAUGCUUAUCUGCUGUGCUCUAUUGCUGGCGACCUGUUGAUUGCGGAAACCGUAGACUUACCUAAUAUGUUAGUGACCAUGCACAUGCCUAAAGCUAUUUUUGUGCAGGACUGA